CUACUGCAUUGCUUUGGAUUUCGUGUCCUUAUAUUUGAGCAUCGCUUUCUUGUUCUAAGAGUUUCCAUGAAAUCUGAAUCUUUGACAAACAAGAACACACAAGAACAUGAAUAUUGACGAUGCAUUCAAUCAAUUGGGAAAGUGGGGACGUUAUCAAACGCUGAUUUAUAUCGUUGUGUUGACUGCGUCUCUGCCAAAUGCUUUUACUACACUGCAGUUUGCUGUAAACCACUUUGAACCAAAUCACCGUUGUAGAUUACCGGAUAAAAUUGAAAACAUAUUGAAAAACAACUCAAACGCCAGGGAGAAAAUUCUUGAUCAUUUCAUACCCGAGGAAGUCGGCAAUUACGGACUGAUAAGAAGAAGUAAAUGUCACAUGUAUAACAGGAAUUAUUCUACACAAUUGUCUUUGAUAAAUCUCAACGAAUCUUAUGACAUCAUACCAUGUACCAAUGGAUACAUAUUUGAUAUGCUGCCUAAUCAUGAUACCGCAGUUACCGAGUUUGAAAUGAUAUGCAACAAUGAUUGGAAAUCACCCCUAGCAAUUACGUUAUUCCAAUGUGGAAUGGCAAGUGGAUCUGUGGCCGGCAUUCUUGCUGACAGGUAUGGUAGAAGACCAGUAUACUUACUCGCAAGUUUGACUCAGAUUGGAUCCAUGGCGCUCACAGCUGUUGCUUGGAACUAUUAUUUAUAUUUAACUGCAGUUUAUAUAAGUGGUGUGUCAGGAUUGAUAAAUUACGUUGUUGCUUUUGUUUUAGCGACGGAAGUUAUUUCGGUGAAAUCCAGAAAUUUUAUGGCAGUUGGUUCAAUGUAUUCAUAUUCAAUUGGAUAUGUUCUUGUGCCGUUAAUUGUCUAUUACACACAACACUGGCGUUUAUAUGUCUGGGCAUCUAUGGCAUUGGGUGCUGUGCUAUACGUACCGGGCUACUGGUUGUUCCCCGAAUCACCACGUUGGCUAUUGAGAGUUGGUAGGACAAAUGACGCGAUCAUGGGACUGAAAAAAAUGGCAAAGAUGAACAAAAAGAAUAUUGAUUUUGCAGAAUUGAAAAAAACACGUGUUGCUGAUUCUCACGUUAGAAUUGCAUCGCCGUCCGGGCCACUUGAAACCCUUCGCAUAAUUUUCAAAUCUACAUUAACCUCCAGAUUUCUAGCAGCUUUCUUUGUAUGGUUUGUAACAGGUCUCGUGUACUACGCCAUAUCGUACCACUCAAAGAGCUUCAGUGAUGAUCGGUACUUGAACAUAUUGUACUGUGGAUUGGCGGAAAUACCAGCAUAUGUCAUUAGUUUUUAUGCUGUGAAUAGGCUUGGUCGUCCAAGAUGCACUACUGUUUUUCUUCUAACAUGCGGAAUUUUUAGCAUUAUUCUUCCAUAUUUACCAGAAGAGCUGUCUUUGAUCAGAACAGUGAUAUCAGUAAUUGGGAAAGGCGCUGUAAGUGGAGUUUUCUAUAUUAUCUACCUGAACACGUCCGAAAUAUCCCCCACUUUACAAAGAAGUGCAUCAAUGAGUAUUGCCUCCUUCUGCUGUCGUGUUGGAGCGUUCAUCGCACCAUUUGUUAUGUUUAUGGGCAAAAUUCAAUAUUCCAUACCUAACUGGAUAAUGGGUGGAAUAACAAUUCUGAGCGGAAUCAUUUGUAUCAUUUGCAUUCCGGAAACAAUGGGAGUGAAGAUGCCAGAUACAGUUCAACAAGCUGAAAGUAACAAACGAUACUAUGGAUUGAAUAUAUGUCAAAAAUUCCAGUCGAAUACGAUUAACAGUUCAAACAAAGAUAAUCACGCGGAGAGGGAAUUGUUAACUUUGUGAAUAACUUCAACUGCGUCACUUUUUUUUAAAAUGAAAACUUUUAGAUCAUAUUUGUAUACAUACAGGAUUAGCACCAUAGCCAUAUUGUUUGCUGUAUAUUCAUAACUAGUACCAACUUUAUACAAUUAGUGUCAGUUGACGAAAUAAGGAAGCAAAAAUGGAGACAUUCAAAUGGUCUAUUUCUUAGCUAUUGAAUUCGAUACGCCUUCUAAAACUUGAGUGUAAAUAAUACGGAAUUUUUCAUACAUAGAAAAUUGGUUAACUAAUCUAAUUUAUUCACUCCUCCAUAUUUAGUAUUUAUCCGAUUUCUAUUUGAAGCUCUAAAUACGGAUGAAAUUACUAUGACUACUUUGUUGAAUGGAGAUUACUUGAUCGUAUUUUGUAAUGGAAAUAAUUGUGUGGUUGUAUCAUUGAUAGUAGUUUUGUGACAGUGACGACCUGAACACAGACACCAAUGCAUAUUCAACAGACUCAUAUCUUACCGUGAGUUAGCACGCAUUCUCUCAUAGCACUGAGUGGGCAUAGGGGAAUGAAAUGAAAAACAGAUUUUGCUUAAUCCAAGAGUCUGACUCAUGUCCCAUGAAAAAAUAGAUCAACAAAACGUCCAGCUUUGAAUAUGUUGUUGCAUCAAUCACUGGCCUUUAUAUUAUUCGUGCAUUUUUUUUUCGGAUCGGUAUUACAACCAUACGCUAUAUUUGAGUACUGAGGGUAUGGCGUUUCAG